UAGCUAAAGGUACCAAUAUGGCGGAGGCUUCCCUAGGGAGUUCUAGUCCAGUUGGUUCGUUAUCAUCAGAAGAUCAUGACUUUGACCCAACAGCAGAAAUGUUAGUUCAUGAGUAUGAUGAUGAGAGGACUCUGGAGGAGGAAGAGUCUCUGGAAGGAGGGAGGAAUUUCAGAUCUGAAAUUGCAGAUCUGGAAAAGGAAGGGAACAUGCCUUUGGAGGAGUUGCUGGCCAUCUAUCGCUAUGAGGCAUCAGCAGGCUCAAGUAUAGACAGCUCCUCUGGAGACCUGACGGAUGAGCUGCCUGACAUGACUUUGGAUAAGGAGGAGAUAGCUAAGGACCUUCUGUCGGGGGAUUACGAGGAGGAGACGCAGUCUUCAGCUGAUGAUCUCACCCCCUCGGUCACCUCCCACGAGGCCACUGAUUUCUUCCCAAGAACACUACGAUCCAAUGCUAUCUCUGAUGGUGAUAAAGAGUCAGAGUGUGAUGAUGAUGGCCCUAGCCCAGAGGACUCCAGAAAGGAAAUAAUGGUGGGAGCGGAGUAUCAAGCGGAGGUCCCUUCCUGCAUUUGUCACUACAAAGACGGAGAGAAAGUAUAUGAAGAUCAAGACGAGCUGAUGUGGAGCCCGAGUGUAAUGUCAGAACACAAAGUUCGGGCUUUUCUGUCUGACGUCAUCUCUCGGAUGACAGAAGAAAAGAUUGGCUAUGAUAAACUUGGAGGGCAUGUUCGCGACAAUGAGCAGGCUCUGCAUGAACUCGUCAAGUGCAACUACAACACCCGUGAAGCACUGGAGAGAUACUGCAGCCACAUCAAGUCCUCGAAAGAAAAAUCGCCUCCGUGGUCUGAGGAGGAAUGCAAGAACUUUGAACAUGCUCUACAGAUGUAUGACAAGAACUUUCACCUCAUACAAAAACACAAAGUCACAACGCGGACGGUGGCAGAAUGCGUUGCGUUUUACUACAUGUGGAAGAAGUCGGAGCGCUUUGACGUGUUUGUGCAGCAGAAUCGGUUUGGAAAGAAAAAGUACAGCAGCUAUCCCGGCGUGACCGACCUGAUGGACAGGCUGGUGGACGAAGCCGAGGGCCUGGCGGUGGACAGUUCGUCCUCCGUGUGUUCGGGAGCCGGCGGAGGAGGACGGCUGGAAACCACCGCCGAGCAGCAGCUCAGUCUGCUCAACUCCAUCACUGCCAGCGACCUCACAGCUUUGAGUAACAGCGUAGCCACAGUAUGCAGCCCUGCGGAGGUCAACUGCCUGGACUCCUACAGCUUCCCGCCUCUAGAAGGCCUCCACCGCGGCUCGCUGAACCACGACGAGCCCCUCGGGUUCCCCUCCAACGGCGCCGACCCCGACUGCCUCAACAUGCUCGACGCCGGCUUCUACCACUCCGACCUGGGCCAGCUCGGCGGGGUGUGCGUCAGCAAAGACUGCGAGCGGCCCUCCAAGAGACUUAAGAUGGCGCUGCCCGACUCUUUUAUCAACGACGUGACGGUCGGUAACCUCGGGGUGGACUUCGAAGCGCGGCGGACGACGACGCACCACCACCGGAUCACCGGCGCCAAAAUGGCCGUGUCCGUCACAGACUUCGGGAGCUUGGCCGGCAGCGGCGAGCCCAACGGGUUUCUGGGAGCGCACGCGCGGCACCACACACAGCACACUGCAGCACUUCAGUCAGAGUGAUCUUCCUCAUCAUCCCAACCCCAUUCUUCCUUUUUGAAAGCCCUUUUUCCUGCUUGUACAUAAGACUGACCUCACUGGAAAAUCCAAUUUGUUUAAAUUCUAUUAUAUAUAAAUAUAAAUAUACAUAUCUAUAUAUAUGUAUAUGAAUAUACUUUUUGUUUUCAUUUUUGUGUAAUAUGACAUCAGUGAUGUCUAUCAUAUAGAACUAAAAUCUUGAUUUUCUCUCAAGAGUUUAUAUAGCCAUUUAUUUUAUUUUGUGUUUUUUGCGGUCUUGAGAUAUGUAACGUCCAUGUACAGCAGGGCCCCGAGGCUGCAGUAGGAGAGUUGUGUAUCUUCCUCCCUCACUUCUCCACACAUCUUCAGAGCUACAGUGUGUUAUCCUGCCAUUCUCUUCAGCUGCCAAAAUGAGUCAAUUCAGUUUUAGCUUUUCAGCCUGUAGUGUUAAGUUGUCUUUGUCGUUUGAAGUGGUACUUUGUUUUUGUUUUGUUUGUUUUUUUAAAUAGUGUUUGGUUUACAGGUACAGUUCAGUAAGCAGACUGGUGCGGAUGUUUUUUUUUUUAAAUCAACACAUACCUGGGUACAUAUUGUACGAAGAGCAACACUAGCUUUGACAUGGUUAAACGUCAUGGCUUUAGCUGCUAAGACCAUCCCAUCUCUUCUGUUCUUUACUUCCUUUUUUUUUCCCCUCCUGUGGAAGUUCGCUUGUUAUUUGUCUGCGUUGUUUACUUUUGUUCAAAGUGGCCAAACUGGAACUUGUGAAUGUUUGCAACACUUUUUUCUUCUUUUUGGGUUGAAGUCGGACUUCAGAAGCCUCGCUUCCCCCCUCCCUCUCUCUCUCUCUCUUUUUUUUUUUUUUUUUUUUUUUAACGGAAUACCUAUGUAGAGCACCAUAAUGGGAGUCAUCGUGUUUUACUGUCGGACGUCCUCUUCCUUUUAAGGAGAAUGUCCACAAAAUGUAACAGCAAUAUUGCAAUGCAAAGCUCUUGGUUGGGUGAAUAGCCAUUUCAAACAUUAGACACAGUGAAGUGUGUAUUUAUCUAAUAUUCCAAUUUAAACAUUAUCACUUAUUUCUUUCAGCCAUUCUUCUUAGUUCAGUUGUGUAUGUCUUAGUAGUUGUAAAAAUGUUCAGAUAUGUUCCGUUUUUUUUUUUUUUUUUUCAAGUCGCGCCAUCUUUCGCACCACUAGCAAGCUUUUGGCAAACCAGCUAGCAGUAUUAAACCUUUAUUUAAACUCUCUGCUUUUUUUGUAUUGAACCUCUGCCUAGCCUGUAACUGACUAGAGAUGCCUUCUGAAAUACCGUUUGUUAAUUUCUCAGAGUGUCGUAGCAGCAACGGAGGCAUUUUCUGGCUUUGACUGAAGUCCAAUUGUGAAGUUGUGAAAUGUGUUAGCGGGUCGGCGUCAGUGGAUUGGAUGCAGUAGUCGUGUUUACUUGAUUUUAUCUAUGCAUUGUGCUAUGAAUAUUUAGUUUGUUUCAGGGGUACAUUUUAUGCUUCUCAUGUUCCUAGAGCUAGCGCUACACCGUCGUGUGUAUAAAUGGAGCUCAUGCUUAUUUAAUCAUUAAGUUUCAUCAAGUUGUUCUUUUUUUUUUUCUCCCCCUGCCCAGCAUUCGAGAGGAUAUUCCCCCACACCACGUUUCAUGUAAAUAAUUAGCAAAUAGCCUUUAAAAUGUCGAUAAACUGACCUCUUACACUUGUGAAUCUGUGUUGAUACAAAGGUUUAAAUUCGAUUCUUUGUCAGAAAGGCAAUAAUUUGUAGAUAUGUACAGAUAUUUUGGGUUUUUCGCAUUUUACCGGUUGACUUGGUGUUUUCGUUUCUUUUCUCUCUUUGGAAAGUCACCCCGGCGGCGGGACACAGCUGAUACCACGCAUGCCAGCUGUGCUUUGCUCCUCAAGUGUACCACUGAAAACGGCUUUACCUGAAGACGUAUUGAUAUUAACUCAACGUUGCAAUUUUUUGCAUUCGAAUCUUGCAGCCAUGUGUAAAAGACACUCAUUUUCUUUCCUUAAGCUCUUUUUACAUGUCGUCGUCUAUAUUUGUCUUGAUGGUAAAGGGACGGCUGCUGCUCCCAGUACGUGGAGAGCUAGUUUCUCUUUCAAUGCAAUGUGCAUAAUGCAGUAGGUCCUCCAAGCUCUUCUAGCUUUAGCAGUGCAGUGAUAUUUAUUUCACCUGUGGUUUGUACAAAGACUCAGAAAACUGUCAGAAUGUAAAGGCCAUUAAGUAGUAGAAGUAGGUUUUUCACCACUCUGUGAACUCUCGAAAAUGUGAUAUUUUAUUGAUAUCUCUGGUAUGAGACUUGUGUGUGCAAAGGAAGCACUAAACAAAUUUAUUUUAUAUUUUGUAUUGUGUUUUGAAGUUUAAAAAGGAAAAAAAA